GUCCUUAACAUCGAGCGGCGCCAGCAUCGAGUUUCUCCGCGAGCCUCGGGAAUACGGGGCAUGGCAUGAUAAGCUCGCUGUCGAUUCCGAUCACGCCACCGCCGCGGCUUCGGUUGUCGCGGGUCAGCUAAAUGGCGUCUGCGGCAUGGGCAAGGUUACACUUGUUGGCACUCAGAUUAGGGGCAAAUUUCUCAACUCAGGAAGGCCGACGGCAGGUUCGAAUCUAAUGCUCAUCGAAGCACUCUUGGACACCCUGGAGCACAUCAGCGCUCGCGGCACUGAGGCCCGGUCCGUUGUGCUCCUUACGUGGUCAUUUAACCCGCCACCGCCUGGGUGGGAGGACGUGCUUGAUCUGAUUCGCUACAUCUUUGAGGUACUCGACGACCAAAGCAUUGCGGUCGUCAUGUCUGCCGGGAACGCCCGCAACAACGACAUGGAUGAUCUGGUCCCCAUCAACCAGCUCCCACAGACCCUGGUGGUGGACAUUCCGAAUCUCAUCGUGGUUGGCGCGUCCGACCAGCAGAGCCGCAUGGCCAUGUUCUCUCGCGUGGGCCCAGAUAUGAUCUGGGCGCCCGGCAAGGCCGUUCGCGUGGCCGGCCCGCGUGAGAACGACCAGUCGCUGAAGAUCGCCGACGGGACAUCAUAUGCGGGGCCACUGGUCGCGGGCCUCGUCGCCUACUACCGCGGGCUCGUGUACGAGCCUGGGGUGGAGAGUCAACUGGACGAGCCCGAAAUAGUCAAGAGGACGCUGAAGGCCCUCAGCCGGACAGUCCAGGUAAGAUUCGAAGCGCAGUCAGAAGAACCUUACGUGUCGGACAGCGGCAACAAGUUCUCGUGGCUCGUGCCGACGGUGUGGAACGGCCAGCUCGACGACGACACGUCGUGCCUACUCGAUCCCGAUGCCGAGGGCUGCCCUAAGAUCGACAUCAACCGCGAACUGAAGGACAUCUCGAUUCACGACCUAGACAACUCCUGCGUCACGACACCUAUCACCAAGAAGCGAGGCCUGCAACGGGCGGGAGGAGCGGCUAUCGCCCGGCGGCAGAGCGGCGGUAGCUGUCCUGUCCUGCCCGGCGAGGGUGGAGGAGAUGGCGGAGGCGGCGGCAGCGACGACGGGGGCCUAGAUGACCAGCUCGGGCCGUCCAAGACAGCCACCUACCUCAGCGGCACGCCGUCGCCCACAUGCAUGGCCAACUGCGGCACGUACUGCACCGACUUCUGGUGCCGGCCCGAUCGGACAGGCCAGCCGCCGCACUUCACCGAGCCGACGCGGCUGCCCGCCACUACCACCACCACCGUCCGCCCCCCGGUAACCUCGUCAAGCGUGCGAUCAGGCGUACCCUCUUCGAGCACGCCUCUGGACCCGGGCAUGACCACCACCAGCCCCACUCCACAGCCCAACCUCCCCGAGAUACCGGAAGAGCCCUGGCCGAGCAACUGCGCGUCGACUCGCACCUAUACGCGCUGCGCAGCGCCGGGCGGCGGACACAUCGUGUGCGCGACGAGCUCCUUCUGCGCAGCAACCUCAACGCCGGCACAGCCCAAGCCAACUCCCGACUCGCCGUCGGCGCGGCGGUGGGUAGCAAUCUACUUUAGCGAGCUCACCACCUCAAACGGCUGGGGCCCGCCGCACUGGUCGCGCUACUGGUCCGUGUACGAAGGCGACGGGGCCACCGAUUAUUGUGGCGGCCGCAGCGUCUUCGAGAAGACCGACUCGGGCGCCACCCUGCAGGAACCCGAGUUCCCGGGAUCGGAUCUCGGCGCUUUCAAGGCCCACGGUCGUACUUGUCGCUACAAGAGCGCCGGGCGUGGCGCCGUCGGUCUAGUUGAGUGUGACGGGACGAAUCCCAACUGGUGGGAGAAGUGCCAGGUGGCGCAGGUCGAGAAUGAUCCUAUCUUUGGGGGUAUCAAGGCGUGUGGUGUCUUGGACAAUCCCAUGUAUAAGCUUGUUUUGCUUUGCUCGUGGGGGGAGGCUUAGAGAGGGAUUUGAUAUAGUGGACAUGUAUCGGGUAUGUGUUCAAGUUUUGAAUGAUUCCCAAAAGGAAGAUUCCAUCAAUGCAGGAGCGCUUGCGUCAGGAGAUUUAUCUUUUCUGGCAGACUACCCUGCUUCAACAGAAUGUUGCGUACUACCUUACGCGGUCCGAUCAAUCCAGGACCGACAAAAGUCGUCUGUUGUUUCCCAAUUGGAGAGUCGGUGUCUUGACCUUCUCGACCGUCACGCCCGUCAGGCCCCGGCACACGAGGACGCCCGGGCAGAUGUGACACCUCGAGCGUACGGAUUGUCCAGGGAGCCGAUGGGAAGGGAACAGGCGUUGUACGCGUCUAAACCCCUUAGCAUGACACCCACAUGCAACCACGGCUUAAAUCGGUCUAGUGAUAUCCCAAUAGUCU